GGGGUGGGACUGAGCGGAGAGGGCGGCGGCGGCGGUGGUGGCGGCUGGAGCGGGCCCGGCGGCGGUGUGCUGUGGAGGGGGUGUGACAUGGCUGCAGGUGCCGGACGCUGCGGAGUCAGGUCUGGGCCUCCUGGCUGCGGGGGGAGAGAGCCUUCUAUUUCACUCUCCUCGACUUUAUUUUUGUAUUUUUGAGCUGACUUUCUUCCAUGACUACUAAGAUCAAUUAAACCAUGGAUACUUAUACAAGGGCCCGAAGCAGUCAAACAAAGCCUAAAGUGUCAGUGAAAAAGGAUUUCACUGAUGGUGUACUACGCUCUGUGAAAUCAUUGCUACAGAGCAGAAAAGAAUUAUGUAACGUGUCCACUGAAGAAUCUUUAAAACAGGAGGAACAGGACAAUUUUAUUGAGAUCACAUUUCUAAGUUUUGCUGGAGAGACAGAUGCUGCUCAUAUGCAGGGAUUGGCUGCUGUUUCUGUAGAGCUCCCCGAUGUUUUGAAAUCACUCCAUUUCUGCAGUCUAAAUGAAAAUGAAGUUAUUUUUCUGAAGGAUAUAAAUAAACCCAUGGAAACCAGCAACGUCCCUAAACAUCAGAUUCACCUUUCUGGAGUACUUUGUGUGAUGAGAUUGUCUCCUUCGUUGCCAAGGAUCAAAGUUGAUUCUGUAUUUACCUUACUGAGCAAAUAUGCUAUUGGUGUAAGAUAUACAAUGGAAGUAUACUCAUUACAGAAACAUGAAACGGAGAUGUCCCAUGCAGAGGAUGAUGACACUAAUCAGUCAGUGUCUUCAAUUGAGGAUGAUUUUGUCACUGCUUUUGAGCAUUUAGAUGAAGAUGAGACUUCAAAGAUACAAAAUGCCGGCACAACCUAUACUACUCAGAACCACCGGGAUGCUGCUUCACAGACCAUCCCUGCUCAUUGUUUAGAAGCUAUUGACUCAAAGAUCAUUGUUAGCUCUGGGCAUCGAAAAUCAUCUGCCAAAUCUUCUGCUUCUCUGAUAAAUAUCUUGGGACUUAAAGAACUGUCCUCAUCUGUAAAGAAUUCAGUCACAACCUCUAUUUCUGAUCCUUGGAUACAGAGGAGUUUUUACAAGCCAUGUAAUUCUUCUGAUCAACGUGUUAAUGUUUUGCAUAAAACAUUGUUUUCUUCCUCUCCUGCUGAAUCAUCUGAGUCAGAUUGUUCCAGCCCUAGCCCUGUUAUCUUCUUAGAUGAAGAAGGGUAUCAAAAAAGCUUGAAGGCAAAACUUCAGCUACCAAAAAUUCCAGUAGUGAAAGAUGGUAUAGAGGACUCAGACUCAGAAGUAAGUGAAUUUUUUGAUAGUUUUGAUCAGUUUGAUGAACUGGAACAGACUCUGGAAAGUACUUAUAAACUUAUAAGGGAUCCCAUCCUUGGUAAUCAACCCCAGAAGAGAAAGAUUGCCCUUGAACAGUUGUAUUCUAAAACUACUACUAAUAAUUGUAUUCUAAAUCCUCAAAAAUUCAAGUCUGAUCGUCCCACUCUUCCAGCCAACGUAAGGAAGCCAACUCCUCGUAAACCAGAAUCGCCCUAUAGCAGCCUCUUUGAUGUUCCAGACUCCCCUCGGCCAGUGAAAACAGGAGAAGACAAUGGAGGUUUGUUCAGCCCUAUAAGAUCAUCAGCUUUCAGCCCACUGGGGAGCUGUGCUUCAACUGAAUGUCUUUGUCGGAUGGAUAUCAAUGGAGAUGGGCUUAAUCAAAAUCAUGAUACACUUUAUAGUGAAUAUUCAGAUUAUGGAAACAAUGUUUCAUUUGAAAUACUGGGUUCUGUUUUUCAUUCUCAGUCUACAUCACUACAGAAACAUGUUGAAAACAUUUACAGUCUUAAUAGGAUUGUCUCAAAAGAGGAAAAAGGUCAAAUUGUAGAAUUCCAGAGGAAAACUUCUGAAAAAGAGGCAGAUAAGAAAGUUAAAUCUAAACACAAAUCACUAAUGAUUAAAGACAGCAUACAAAAAUUUGCAACAGAACUGGUUGAAAAAAGUUUUGGUAGUGCAUUUAAAGACUUACAAAAAGGAGUUUCUUCAUGCACCAAUGCACUGUGUCACUUGGCUGCUAGAUUGACUUCUUCAGUCUUUCAAAUGGCUUUUUAUGAGAUUGGAAGGCGGCGAGCCUUAUCACUGAAGGAACGUGCAAUUAAUGGGCUAGCAAGCUUUUUGGUCAGUGAAGCUAUAACAAGUGCUUUAAAAGAACUGCGAUAUGUAAAGAAACAAAUAUUUACUAACACAGUUGCAAAAUUUGCAGCAGAUCUCACUGAGGAACUUAUUUUUGAGGGAAUCAUGGAAGUUUGCCAGUUUUCACAUCCAUCAACACCAACCACUGCACAGGAUUGGGCCUUUGAUUAUGAAGACAAAGUGGUGAGAUCAUAUGCUAAAGAUCUGUCUGAAUCCGUCAUUCAGGAAGCUUUCAUUGAAUUAUCCCAGGUUGAUGUGACCUUCACAACGCAAGCAGCAAUUAGUGUUUCCAUGGACAACAUAAAAUAUGUAAGUGCAGAAAGUACAUUGCAGUCAACACAGACUACCCCUGCUUUUCCUAAUUUUCAUGAUACUGCACUUUUAGCAUUGAAUCCAAUACAAGAAACUGGAAAAGAAUAUACUGUACAACAAGCCUUGUUUUGUACUUCUGGUGUUGUAAGUUCAAUACCAGUGCCCUUAGCUGGAACAGCAUUUUGCCAACAUCAGACUUCAUCUGAUGUUCAUAAGGCAAAAGUAUGGACUUGUCCGACAGCAGAUGGCAGUCUGAAAGUGUACAAAGACUCUACACAGCCAUAUUUUACAACAAAAAAGAGAGAAGAGGAAGUGGCUUCUCUUAGAAAUAUUUACCUUACUGCAGAUCACAGUGAAAGUACUGAAAAUAGUGUGCAAUGUUUUUGUAACCAGAAUGAUUUCACACCAACAAACAAUAAUCCUGGAGCGAAUAAUAUUUCAGAAUUAACAACUGGACCAACAAGCAUCAACAGUUUCUCUGGAACAAUGGUAGAUAUGAUAGUAAAUGAGGCUUAUGAAGCAAUAACUUCAUCCAGGAUUACCAGAACAGUGGAGGAAUACACAGAUUUUGUAACUAGAAAAACACCUCGUUGGCAGUGUGUUGGUGGAGAUAUCCAUAAGAAUACUUUUGCUGAUCAUUUGUCCAAGUAUAUUGUAAAACAGUCUGUAGAUGAAACUAAAUCUACAUUCUCCCACACAAGUGAGACUGUAGAAUGUAAUGGAGGCUUACAGACGAACACAGAUAACUGUAAAAAAGAACUGAGUAGUGAAGUAAAGAAACAAGAAUCUGAGAAACACAGCUUUGUUCCUGUAAUUGUGGAACCACAACAGUUGCCUCUGAAUAACCUACCUAAAUUUCUUGUUACUUCAGAUGACUCUGCUCAGUGUUUACUUUCAGUACCUACAGAUUGUGUUCAGGAACGUAAAGGACAUGAAGUACGUAGAUUUUCUUCAAGCACUCCACCUCCUUGUCCCACUGUGACUCUUGGUAGGUGUAAUGUAGAAGAGUUUACUGAUUCAGGAAGCUGUUCAAUAAAAUCCCAAAGUAAACCACUGAAAACACAUGAUAUGCAAAAAACAACGCCAGGUCCUUCAGCUUUUGGGCAGGAGAGCUGUUUUCUACAUGCAAGUAACCUUUCUUUGGUGAUGUUUGGCUGUGAAGAUUCUUUGCAGAUGGAAGAUAAAUCAAGCGUCAGAGAUGGAAAUGUCUGUGCAGUACCUGAUACACCACCACCAACUCCUUUAGUACCAUCUCAGACUAGUUCUGAACGGAACCUAAGGAAGCUAACCAAGAAACUCAAGGGAGAAUUAGCAAAGGAGUUUGCACCUAUGACACCACCUUCUACACCUUAUAACUCAUCUGCUGCUGCCUUAUCUGCAACUGAACAUGAUUCCUUGGAAAAGGAAGAGUUUAUGCUGAAACUCAUGCGAUCACUUUCUGAAGAAGUUGAAAGCAGUGAAGACGAAGAACACUCUGAAAUGCUUGUGGAGAAAACUGAACAUUCAGAGAAAACAGUACAGUAUGCUGAUCAUUUGGCUGGUCAUAUCAUUUCUGUGGCAACUGAAAUGGCUGCUUCCCAUUUAGAUGAUAAAACAAUUAAAAGAGAAGCUGACAGACACUACCAGUUAAAAGCACAAAACAAAAUAUGUGGGUAUACUGCCUUUAUAAAUAUCCCAGAAGAAACUUUACAUUCGUUGUGGAAUUAUGCAGGUGAUAUGGCUGGAAAGGUUAUCAAUGAGGCUAAGAAGAUGAUAAAAUCAAGGCAUUGCAAGCUGCUGAGGUUGAAGAGGGUUAACUGUCAUGUAGAUUGUCUUUCUCUCAGAAAAGAUGAUAGAGACUGUAGAUCAAAAGAGAGGUGGUGUCCGGUAGUAAACCAGUGGUCCAGAGAGGUAGAUUCAUCCGUACUUCCUUUACCGCAGAGUUUAGGAACAACAGGUCUGACUUCCAGGUAUCCAAGCUGCGAGAGUGUGACCGAUGAAUAUGCAGAUCACAUCAUUCGAGUUCUGAAAAGGGAAGGUGGCAACAGUGAGUUAAUAAUGGAUCAGUAUGCUAGUAGACUUGCUUACAGAUCUAUAAAAUCAGGCUUACAACAAGCUGCCAGGAAAAUCAAACUGACAUACAACAGAAGAAUAUUUCCUGUACAGAAAACACAGGUAAAUGGUAGGCAUGAGCUGUUCAAAAUAUUGAACAAAGAUAUGGAUACAAAAUGGCAAAUGAAAAGUAGUGUUCAUAGGUGUGGUGGCCAAGCCUGUGAAAUAAACAGUGUACACAGAACUGAAGGUACAGAGUUGUUACAUUUUUCUGAAUCCCUUGCUCAUCAUAUAACAUGUGAUGUCAGAAGAAAACUGAAAAUGUCAGCCAUUUGCUUGCCAAAAUCCUUAACAGAUUCCUGUCUGUAUAGAAAAUCUAAAUUUGAUGACGCCUCAGGGGACCUCCUUAAAACAACACUUUCUAAAACAGUUCUUCCUUUCUCACAAAAACAUAAACUAUAUCAUAGUACAGGCAGUUUAAAUGAAUAUGACUACCGAGAAGGCAUCAUUCAAGCUAUAGAAGAGUAUGCCAGAAAAGUAGUGGAUGACACCUUAGAAAUGAGUUUGGAGUCUGCUGUUCUCCAACCUGCUGAAAACAGGAAAAAUGGGGAUAGAUUCACUUACACAGAAAAGUUGUCUCCAUUUUCUGAAACAGCCUGCAGAUACUGUAGUAUGAAGGAAUAUCAAUGUUGUACUGGAAGUUCAUCUCCUCACCUGUCUGGACAAGAGUCCCUCCCUAGAAUCAGGCAGAUCCCCAAUUCAGGGUUGGGUGGUGUCUGUCAAAAAUCAAGAAUUUUUCAUCUUGAUAUUCCUAAAAUUCACAUUGACAUGGAACAGAAGACAGUAUUUUCUGAGAAGGUGGUUGGUUCAGCUAUUGAGAAAGCAGAGAGAGAGCUGAGUAACACAAGUCUGGCAGCUGAUAGUGGUAUUGGACACGGUGGAGUCAGCUUUGCAGAAAGCCUCACUACAGAAAUAAUGACUUCAGCUAUGACUAAUAUUGGUCAGGCUGUUAACAUAAGUUCUAUGGGAAGAGAAGGAUUUCACUCAGCUGAAUCUGUAGUUAGCCAGCAGAUGAGUCUCAGUAUUGGUGAUGAUAGCACUGGCAGCUGGUCCAAUCUAAGCUUUGAAGAUGAACAUCCCGAUGAGAGCAGCAGUUUUCUUCACCUCAGUGACAGUAAUGGUAACAGCAGUAGCUGGAGCAGUCUUGGUUUAGAAGGAGAUAUGUAUGAGGAGAAUUUAUCCUUUCCAACAUCAGACAGCGAUGGAACAGAAGAUAAGGAUGAAGACCCUAGGGAUUCUGUAGAAGGUGUGGGACAGGUAGGAAAGGCAUUGCUAAUAGUGAAUGUUGACAUGGAACCACAUAUGGUGGACCCCCAGUUGAGAACGACCCUGCAGUGGCUGGCAGCUUCCGAAACAGAGGUCUCCGAGCUUCGUUUUCAUGACACUGCUACGAAGGAAUUCAUUCUUCUUACAAAAAGACUGAGAGAGAGGGACUGGAAAGUGGGAGAUCUCUUGCAAGCAGUGCUGAAAUACUGUGAAAUGAUGGAGAAGACUUCUGAUGGGGAUAGACUUCUGAAUAAACCUUUAUUUGGCUGGCUUCUGGAAAAUGUCUGAAAAAUCCAGAGACCCAAUAUUCUUCCUUUCAUUUCUUCCUUUAGAAAGAGACAUGAAGGACAAAGAUGUAUAGUGUUAAAAUUUAACUGAUGAAUGGUCUAUUAACUGUCAGCAUUUUAAGAGACUUUGGGGUGAAAGUAAAUAUAGCUGUUCUGUAGGUAUUUUGUGACACUGUACACGGUAUGAUUAUCCAGUGCAUAUCUUCAUAAUUGAUAUUAGAGUAUUGUGUCCAUCCACGCAUAUUUGUAUAUACUGCUGUGUUCAGACUAUAGAAUGUGUAUGAAGAAAGAUCUUGUCCAUGGACAAUAGUUGACAGAUGAUAAAACAGGAUAUAUAGGGAUUCCGACUGAAUUGGUAUAGUUGUUUAUAAUUGGAGGCAUACUAUAUUAAUAGCAUUAUUAAGUUUGAAUUGCUAAAGAAACAUGUUUCAAUUUUACUUGCCACCAUUUUUAUUGCAAAUUUUUUGUUUUGAAGCAUUUUCAUAUAUGUUGGUAUGACAUAUCAAUGUGUUAGAAAUAGUAAAUACUUGUUGGAGAUUUUCCUCUUGGAAUUUUGCCAUCUUUUCAGAAAAAUAGUUCCUUAUCCCUGAUCCUUCACAUAUAAAUGAUUUUUGUGGCACAAACUGAUCUUCUGAAUAAGGAACACUUUAAAAUAGUAAAUUUUCUUAAAAUAUAAAACAAGAAAAGUUUGCAAAUUGGUUGUCAUUUUUCUUAAAUACCUUUUGCUAAAAUUCUUGUUUUUAAAGGAAGCCAUUCAAUCAAGUCUUUUAACAAAUGGAAUUGUGAGGCUGGUUACUAAUGCUGUCUCCUUGUCCUGUGGUGGAAGGGUUUGUCUUUGUCUGUACAUGCUUUUGGUUUGUAAGUGCUAGUAGUUCAUCAUCUUCUUUUGUUUUACAGACCCUUUAGGGGAUAAAGUGCUCCCUGAUAAAUAUCAGGAUGCUAUCUCAAAAGUGAUGUCACUGCAAGAGAAUCAUAGGGCCUUAUCUGUUUUGGAACUUAAACAGCCAGCUGACUUCAAAGGACUGUCACUGUUUAAAUCACCAAAUUUAGAACCAGAUCCUGAGAAGUUGAGAACUUACAAUGGAAAUUGCGUAUGCUCAGCAACGCUCACAAUUUCAUCUUUGGUUACAGAUAAAGGGUCCAUGCAUAGAACUGGUGAACCCACCAGCACUUUCCUUGCAGUGCCAUUGUGCUUUGAAAAAGUAUGCGAGUGCUCAUCUUUUAGCCAUUACAGUAAUCUGGGUUUUAAAAGACCACCCGCUCUCCCCCCCCCCCCCCAACAUUAGAAUAUGGUUAAGAUACAGGUCUUUCUUCACACCAAACUGAAAGAUUACUUAACUUUUAAUGGGAGUCCUCUUUUGUGUGUGUGAGAGGUACUCUGUGUGUGUAUGUAUGUGUAUAAUAUAUAUAUUUAUAUAAAAUUAAUGUAUAUAACCUAGACCACUGACACCAGUUUAAAUUUCCAGUUUCUGAUGUCUGCUCGGGUACUGUUACCAGAGUUUAAUUUCAUGUCACUGUAUCAUCUCAUUAAUUGUAAAAACAAUUGGUGCCUCAUGGCAAAAUUAAAAAAAAAAAAAAUCUAUUUAGAGAUAAUUUUGUUUCAUAUGGGCAAUUUGGUCUAGUUGAUUUAAGCAUAGCACAAGGAGACAGUUCUAAUCCUAGCAUUGCUUCUGAUUUGCUGUGUGCCCUUGCCCAAAUUACUUAACUUUUUUGUUUUAUCUCCCCCAAUGUGUAUAAUGCAACUAAUGACAAUUGUUUUUACAGUGCUUUGAAAAUAUGAAUUAGGGUUUGUUGUUUUGUCAUCCUCCCCGAGCCCUACCCCACUCCCUCCCCCAAAAAUAUAUUUUUCGGGGGCUUAUGUUUUCCUGGUAUGUGUGCAUGUGCAUAGUUGGUUGAUUGUCCUUUUUGUUUUCUUGUGAACAUUGGAUCUUUCUGCUUAGUCCUCAUUUGAAACCAAGCUCUGUUUGUGACCUCUCCUGUUUGGCAGAGCAAUCAAUAGAAUUAUCACAAACAGAAAAUUGACUUUAAAUGAUAAGCGACAAGAGCCAAAUGAAUCUUAAAAACAGUUCCACUGUGCUAAAUUCUUCUCUGAUUUACAGUCUUCGCAAUCCCUUUAGUGAUCUUUCAAGGGUUGAAGGACAGCACAGAAUAUUGGUCCAGGGUUUCCAAGUCCCCAUUAGUAUCCCAAAUUAAAACAGGGAUGAGAAAUCCAAAAAAUAAUGUAAAUACUCCACUGUCUGGAGAAAAAAAAACAAACAAAAAAACAAUUUUCCAAAAAUUUCCAUGCAACAUCAACAGAUUAACCAACUUGUAGAAUAUGAUGGGUUUCUAAAAAGUUGGUUAACAGAUUAUCACUUUUUUAUGAGGUUGCUUUUCUACAAAAGGUAGACAGAUGAGCAGGUUCUUGACAUUUAUUAAGGUUUAAACAGUAGUUAAGCAGGAAACAGUUCAUUUACGUUAAAAUGUUAGUAUAACUUUUUAAAAGUGAUUCUUGCUUGGAGACUUUGGCCCCAAAUAUAUAUCCACGGUUUAACUGCAUUGACUUAAGUGGUACAUCAGGAAUGAAUUUGACUCAUUAGCUUUUUCUCUAAGUAACAUAUAGCAUAGAUUUCAAAUAUGUGUGUAGGUUUUUGAUGGAAAAUACUUAAUUUUUACUUUAAAGUAGAUAAUAUUUUUACAGAUCUUCUUUAAACUUAUGUUAAGGCAUUGUCAUAUGGCUUCAGGACUCUUUUCAAUUACCAGUUGGAUAUUAAAAAUAGGAGACAAGUUUACUGAUGAUUUAACUUUCAUACAAUUGUGUCAUUAAAUAAACAAAACUAUAACAUUUCAUGGGAAUCCUUAUCCUGAACAAAUCUGAUUGACAUAAUCUGUCCUGUUAAUAAGAAAAUUGUCUUCUAUUCUGAAGUGUAUCAAAGGUUAUUCAAUAAACUAGUUUAUUUAAACCAUUCCCUUCAGAGUACAGGUGUAAUGAAAUGAAAAUUCACUGUGAACGAGACAGUGGGCCACAUGAUGAUCUCUCAGAUCAGAGCAAAUCUAGGAGUCUCCAGGAUUUAGACUAGAUUAAUAGAGCAGAAUUUAUCCCAUUAUGUGUAUUGUGUGUAUGUAUUGGCAUACUAAAAUUAGGGAAACUUGUUUUGGCUAUUCUUUAAUUUUAGAUUGAUAGAAAUAUAUGAAAUAGUUACUGUUCCAGAAUACCAUUUAGUAACCAAAUUAUAAAUUAUGUCUUUGGUAUUUUGAAAAUUGGUAAUGUUUUGAUAUAUUUUGUAAGAUUCUGUAGUUAAAGCACGUUUAGAAGGGUCCCUCUAUAAAAUAGCAGUGAAAAUGACAAUGUUAAAACAAAUAUAUUUUCUCUUCAAAUUUGUAAAACAAGAUGCAAACAAAAGCCUUAAUAUUUGGAUUUUUUAAAAGCAUUUCUAACAAGCCCAUAUGGUAAAAUGCCAUCAGCAAGAUCUAGUAUUUCCCUUUCAAAAUGAGAACACGAAAUAACUCAAGCCUAGGCACUUAUUUAAAAGUCAUAUAAAUAGUACAUCUGUCCUUGGUGCUCUUUGAGCUAAAAAAUCACCAUUCCAGAACUUAGGUCUCUCAAAGAUGUAUCAGAUUUUGAAUGUUACAUUUUUCUAAUGUAACUAUAUAUAUGGGACCUCUUCUGUAAAGAGAUGCACAGACUUGGGAAGGUGGGAACGCAGUAAGUAGUAAACAUUGUCACCAGCACAAGAGGAGCUAGUAUUUGCAUUCACUAUUUACAAAGCAUUAUUUGAAGGAAUAAAAUAUUGGUUUCAGAAAUUUGUGUUGUUUUUGGUUUAGUUUAACAAUUUCAGCUUUUCAGCAAGAGCCACUACUGUCAAGCUUAUACUGUACUUGAGCUUUGAAGAGGCAAGUACAGUGUCUGACCACUGUAGUCACUUUAUUUUGUACCAUCUUUGUACAUUCCUGUUGUAUAGCUGGCGUUGUAGUUCUAGAGGGUCAUUGUUCUUUGUAAUGUCUGAAUAGUAUUUAACUGUAACUGCUGCUUAUUUGGUUACUUGUGCAUUCUUAUGAUAAUUCACAGCCCAGUUUAGUGACUCAAUUGUAUACCAGAAGCAGUUUGAAUAACUUUAAAUGUUUAUGUAACUAUACUAAAUGAAUACAAUAUGAAGGUCUUGUACUGUAAAAAAAAAAAAAAAAAAAAAAAAAAGACAUCUUUUGCCAUUUUAGUAAUUUGAUGAUGUAUUCAGUUACCAGAUUAUGAACUUCAGGUUGCACUAAAUUUGUCCUUGUUUUUAGCAGUGGCUUCAAAUAAAACAAACACAUCUUGUGUGUUGUAAUGCU